AGGACGCCUUUCCUCCGCGUUUUAACUGUUCGAUUCACUAUCGAUGGCCAUUAUCAUGAGAUUAUCAAUGUUGUAGGUUCUUCACAACGUGGAGCUGAGCUGUUUCUGUCUGGACUAGCAAGACUAAAACAUAAACGGCUGCUCGAUCUGUUUUUCUCGGGCACAUCAGCUCAUGCUAUCGAAACACUGUGUUACGCACUUCUACCUAUUAAAACUAACAAACCUGUCGAGCUAAUUGAAAAGUUUUCCGAUUUACUAUGUGAUAACUGGAAUGAUGCAGUGGGUUGCCAGCACUCAGCAUUUCUAGUACGAUGUUUUGCAUGGGUUGCUUGUGGACUUAGGAAGAAAGACAAGAAUCGCCAGGAAGACUGUUUGAAUGCGCAGCUGAUACCAGAUCAAGGCGCAGAUAUUAGGCUUGGAUUGUCACGUGUUUUCGACCGAAUAGCAUCGUUAGCUCUGGAAAGUGCUGCCACUCCUCGAGUGGAAAACGUGCAUCUUUCUCUUGUUGUACAAGACGUUCUGGAAGCUGACAGCGUUGCUAAACUCGGGAAAUCAACGGCACUUGUGGACAAAGUUCUAACUACUGCUUCCGGAAAUGAUUUGCGUCAACUCUGGUUGGGUAAGAACAGCUCGAGGGUGUGGGAAAAACUAGUGAUGACGUGUGGAGAAGAAACCUUGCAGUCACUUUGGGAGACUGUUAUUACAGGCCAUGUUUCAGAACUGGCCGCUCAUCCCUGUGCCAAUUUUCCACUGCAAAAAUUCAUUGCUAGUGUGAAGUCGUUAGAACUGGCGACAGACAUCUGUCAUGAGACAACUCCAUUAGUCCGACAGUUCUUAUCAAAUGAUCGCUGGGGUGUUGCUCAAGCACUAUUGCGAUGUGUUGCCAGACAUGAAGAUCUACAGGAACCUCUGCUGAAGGAACUACGGCAGUAUUUCAAAGCCAGUAAGAAAGAGAACAAGAUCAACUUCUUGCUCAACAUCGUCACUCUGAACAAGUACAACGGGAAAUCUUUCAAUGUUAACGAUUCGCACUUACAUGGAUGCUUGUUACUGGAGGUAUUACUGUCGUUCCAUAAAGUGAAGACCUUGACAGCUUGCAUUGAAGCCCUGGAUGCGGCAGACAUUGUUAAACUGGCAAAAAACAAGUGCGGUUCUCAUGUCCUUCAAGCUGCUUUCAAAAGCACUACGCUGGAAGAAAGAGUUAAAGAGAAGUUGAUAAGUGCUUUCGAGGAUGACUGGGGAUCUCUGAUAUCAGAUGUGUAUGGCAGCCAUGUGUUCGAGUCAAUGUGGAAAUGUUCAAUAUUUAAUGUGAAACGACGGCAGGAUCUCAUGAAGAAAUUGGUUCCAAUUCAUAGUGACUCCAAGUUCUGGAAAUUCGCCAUGCUCAAUUGUGAUAUGUAUUUGUUUCCGGAAGGAUCGAAAAGCUUGGGUCGAAAAGAUGAAGAAGUCAGUGAAAGGAGCCAAGCCCUAGAUCUGUCUAGCCUUAGUCUUGGCUGUUGUUGUUAG